AUGUACAAAUACCUUGGCCAAUGUUUUUCCGACUUCAAGCAACGUGGUUUUGUGGUAGGGUAUGACACAAGAGGCCAGGUGACCAGCAUGUGCAGCAGCUUCAGGCUUGCCAGACUGACAGCGGCCGUCCUGCUUGCGAAGGGAGUUCCUGUUUACUUGUUCUCAAGAUACGUCCCCACGCCUUUUGUGCCGUAUGCUGUCCAGCAGCUCAGAGCGGUUGCAGGCGUGAUGAUUACAGCUUCCCACAACCGUAAAGAAGACAAUGGCUACAAGGUCUACUGGGAAAACGGCGCUCAGAUCACAUCCCCACACGAUAAAGAGAUCCUGAAAUGCAUCGAAGAAUGCGUGGAGCCGUGGAACGACUCCUGGAACGAAAAUCUGGUGGACUGCAGCCCUCUCACUCGAGACCCUCUGCAAAACAUCUCUGCAAGCUACAUGGAGGACCUGAAAAAGAUCUGCUACCACCGAGAGCUGAACGCAAAGACCCCCUUGAAAUUUGUGCACACGUCUUUCCACGGGGUGGGACACGACUACGUGCAGCUGGCUUUCCAGGCCUUUGGCUUCCAGCCCCCCAUUCCAGUCCCCGAACAAAAGGAUCCGGAUCCAGAUUUUUCCACCGUCAAAUGUCCCAAUCCCGAAGAAGGAGAAUCGGUGCUGGAACUGUCUUUGCGGCUGGCGGAGAAAGAGGGAGCGCGAGUGGUCGUGGCGACGGAUCCUGAUGCGGACAGGCUAGCGGUGGCCGAACGACAGGAAAUUGGCCGCUGGAAAGUCUUCACCGGCAACGAGCUGGCCGCCUUAUUUGGCUGGUGGAUGUUUACUUGUUGGAAGGAAAAUCGUCCCAAGGAAGCCGACGUGAAGAACGUUUACAUGCUGGCCACCACCGUCUCCUCCAAAAUUCUGCGGGCCAUCGCUCUCAAGGAAGGAUUUAAUUUUGAAGAGACCCUCCCUGGCUUCAAAUGGAUCGGCAGCAGGGUGAAGGAUCUCGUGGACAGCGGCAAAGAAGUCCUUUUCGCCUUCGAGGAAUCCAUCG